UGAAUAAACAAAAACUCUUCGAAUGGGGGGCAUGUUUCUUCCUUCCCCCUCGCCCUCUUGUCUAACAGCCCUAGCACAACGCAUAAAAACCAAACAUUCUGGUCCAUCAAUUAGCAGGAGGAGGAAUUGGCAAAUAAGAAGUAUGAGGGCAGUUGUUCAGAGAGUUGCCUCUGCAAGUGUUGAGGUUGAAGGGAAAAUCGUAUCAGAGAUAGGACCAGGUUUACUUGUUCUUGUUGGGGUUCAUGAGUCGGAUCUUCAAUCUGAUGCUGAUUACAUAUGUAGAAAGGUACUUAACAUGAGAGUAUUCACAAAUGACAAAACUGGAAAAGCUUGGGAUCAGAAUGUUAUGCAAAAAAAUUAUGGAGUUUUAUUGGUGAGUCAAUUCACAUUGUAUGGAAUGCUCAAGGGUAACAAACCAGAUUUUCAUGUCGCCAUGCCUCCUCUUAGUGCAAAACCUUUCUAUGCUUCGCUGGUAGAUAAAUUCCGCGAUUCUUACAACCCAAAUUCAGUUAAAGAUGGUGUUUUUGGGGCUAUGAUGAAGGUCAACUUGGUUAAUGAUGGUCCAGUCACAAUGCAGCUCGAUUCUCCACAAACAUCCAAGAACACAAGUGAGACAACAGAAGGAUAAUCCAUAUAGGUUGAUUCAUUUGAAGAAGCUAAAUGAGACGGCAGAAGAGAACUCAUACGUUUUGUUUAUUUAUCAUUUAGUAGUAGUAGGGAUUAACACUUUGUAGUCUUAUGACUCUUAUCAUUAACUAGAAUUUGUUACGUCUCCAACAGAGAAAGUUGAGUUUAUCUAUUUUUCACUCCAAUGGAUUAAGAUGCGUGUCUAGAUUUGUUCAAUGCUUUCAUCGAAUGAAAAUCUGAAGUUGGAAUUGCUGGUCC